AUGGCCUCACAACGCGUCGCUCUUCGUCUGCCGGUCGCGUAUCGCGCCUUCUUCCUGCUCGUCGAGCCGCUGUCCGCCCUCGCGGGCGCCUUCUACAACCACGUCCGCCAGCGACGGUACCUCGAGUUGCUCGAUGCGGCAUCAGCCCCGGCGCAGGUGCCCUUGAGCACGUCGGUGGCCAUGUCACAACUGGCCAACAUGUACCUAUUCUUCGCCCUCAACGAGGCACUCGUGCUUCGAUCGACAUGGGACUUGCGCGUGUGGCGGACGGUGUUGCUGGUGCUGCUCAUCGCCGACCUCGGCCACCUCUACUCCAUGAAAGAGCUCGGCCCCGCGAUAUACUACAACGUCGCGGGUUGGAACGUGGGAGACUGGGGGAACGUGCCGUGGGUGUACGCGGGCGCGGCGCUGAGAAUCUGCUUCCUUGCGGGCGUCGGGCUUGACGGGUCGAAGCGGGCGCGUAAGCAGCAGUGA